UGUUCAAUCAUGGCCAAGGCAGAAGAAAAUCAUUUCUACUCAGAAAGACUUCUUACGUUGAAUCCCAAAUCUACUGAUGAGUAUGUCAAAACCAUUUAUGAUGAUUGGGCAGAGACUUAUGACAAGGUACUGUGUCGCUUUCACGAUUUGUUACCAACACAGCGGUCAAACGUGUGUGCCUGCGCAAUUGUUGUAAUGAGAAGGUAGCGUGCUCUCAGGCUGUGGGAAUCAAGUAGCCUUACACGAGUUACAAACAACUGCGCAAGCUUGAAAGUUACGGUUUUUUAAAGCGUAUAACUUCAUGUAAUGCUCAAAACAGAAUUGUAAAUCAACAGGACUGACCCAUUCUUGGAUAAGCUUUGUGUUCGAAGAAUCUUUAGUUUUCCUUUUCCCUCCCUAUGUUUCCUUUUACAGAUUUAAAUGAACGAGUCAAUUUUCUUUCGCCUAUUUUGCGAGACAGCGGAUGUUCAUUAUGUUUUCCUUUGAAAUUUUGCGCCGGAAAUUGGUGCGCGGCCGGCCAGAAUUGACCCCCUUUGCGAAUGACCGACGUUUGAACGCUGUGUUUGUGCAACUCCGUAUAAUUCGCGCCUUUGACCCUGCAACUGUACUAUGCGAAAAUGAAAUUUGUGGCCACGGAAUGAACAACUCCACGUCGUGUAGAAACAAAACAAUUGACUUUAACUCCUCAACGGUGAAGUGGCGUAGGUUGAAACUAAAACAACAAACAAUUGCAAAAGUUAUACAAUACAUGAUUUUAAAAAAUAACAAACAACACGACGGAUGGAAGACUAUAAGACACUUAAAUUGUUACGGCCACAGAAGAGAGCAAUAUUGCUGUUAUGUAUAUAUCGAUAAAUUAUACGAGGUGAUGGCAAUAAGUAGCAACGUUGGCUAGUUACCGGUUGAAAAGAAUUAAAUAAUUAACUAUGAACACGGGAAAAAUCCAACAUGAAAGAAUGUCGCACUUAGAACUUACUGACCUGCUGGCUCAAGUUAGAACGGUUGCAUCUCGUCUUCGUGUUGAUUGCAGUCUAUUUAUAAAUUCUAUUGUGUUCAGGUCACAGGAGAAGCAGGAUAUAUAGCCUACAAGACUUGCCCCCCUAUCUUCGACCAAUUCGUGCGUGAAAAUCUUUGCAACGACCCAUCAAAGCUUCGAAUUCUCGAUGCUGGUGCUGGCACUGGGAUUGUGGGUAAGGUCCUUCAGAGUCUGGGAUACACGAAUAUCGACGCCUUGGACAUCUCGCAGAAGAUGCUGGACGAAGCAAAGAAGUUGAACAUCUAUAAAGAGUUCAUCUGUGCUCCACUGAGUGCCGAACCAAUAGCGGAAAUAGCAACGAACCAAUACGAUGCACUAAUCUGUGUUGGUACACUUACUGUCGGUCAUGUGAAACCCGUUGCUCUGGACGAGAUUCUGCGCAUUGUCAAACCAGGUGAUGGAAAUUAGAUGUACUCUGAUAACUAACAACUAUUCACCGAAAUGGAGGUGGUUAGUGGUUGAUAUUUACCCUGCUGCAAGUAUAUACUAAAACAGUGAGAUAAUGUAACACAGAAAGGUGAUUUUAACUCAUUUAUUCCUGCAACGAUUACACAAUUUUCGGGCGCAAAUUCCGUGCGAGUUUCGAAGAGGUAAAUAGCAAAGGAUAUUCAGAAUUUGAUUAUUCAAUCGGAGCGCGCAUUCAAGGCCAUCCACUGUUCUAUUAUGUACUAACAAAAAAGAUUAGUAUGUAAUUAGUAUAAGUAUGAUUAGUAUGAGAUUAGUUUUAGUAAUUAGUAUAACUUCUUAGCUAAAGUCACUUUGUGUGUUAUCUCAAGGGAGAAAUGGUUUAAUGAUUACCACAAAUCCAGUCUGAAAGUAUACUCUAGAGACCAAUUAGGUUUUAUGGUCAUUUGAAAAAGUAUAUUUAUUAAAUUUAUAAGUAAUCUCUUUUGGAGGUUUUACAUAUUCUCCAUAUUGUCCUUAAAACAUUUCCUAAGGUGCUGACAAGGAGUAUUUGUUUAACAAUCAAGAGCUUCUUAAGUUGGUGACUAUUUAGUUUUUCUCGUGACCUUAAGUUAUUGUGUGAUUCAAGUGUGGUAUUGUAAAAGAGAAAUUAGAUGCUAGUCACUCUAAGGGGCAAAAGGGUUUAGUUGCCUUUUGGGGUAAAGGCUGCUUCUAGGAAUCAGGACAUGAAAGGCCCGCUUUGGGGUUAAUCCUUCCAUUUACCAGGUGGCUAUAGAUCGGUCUUACAUUCAUGAUUAUUAUUCUUUGUUGUUUUAGGUGGUAUUAUUGGAUUUACUCUUCGAAGAGAUAUUUACGAAGAAACCGGCCCCGAAAAGUGCGGUUAUCAUGAAAAAAUGAGUGAGAUGGAGACAAGCCAGAAAUGGAAACUCCUUAAAUGCGAGUUGAUAGAUUAUCAUCUGAACGUGGAUGAACUGCGAGCUAAAUGUUACUCUAUAAUGUAUCAAGUUUUAUGAGAAAAGUAACGAUGAGUUAUUACUGAUAAUUACGGGCAAAUGGUCAUUGUUUCGUGAUUCAGGAAACGACAUCGGGGACCUAAAGCAGUCAGGAUGAAAACGCCGCGGAAGACGUCGAUAAAAAAACGAAUUUAUCAGAAAUAUUUAUCAGAAGUAUUUUAGUCAGAAUUUUGCAAAUGAUUUGAUAUGUUUAGCGUCUCUUACGGUGCCACACCUCAACGUGAGCACAGAGAUUGCGGGCAACGUUGAGUUCGGAAUUGAUACGCAAAUAAUUGCCGUCGGGGUUCCCGUUCUCAGACCACGCAAAUUUUAGUGAUUUUAGUGAUUUUUAGUAAGUUUUGUCCCUUCCACGUUGCCGUCGCUGUCGAGGUUUGCUUAAGGUCCCUCCUGUGAAUGUCACUGGGAUAGAAAUGACUAAGCAUAUUAAUAAAAAAUGAUUCUGGGAAUGGAAGUUGUGCUCUAACUUUCGGAGACUUUCGGAACUUUGGACCUCGCCUCCAGGGUCUCUUGUGGAAGAAAAGGAACAUAGGGUGAAUUAUGGACUGGA